UAACGUCAUUUUCUUGUUUCUUCAGGCUGGCACGCCUUCUCAUGACUUCUUGAUCUUUCUUUCCACUCAAGCGAGAGGAACAGUAACAUAGACUCUUUUCUUGAAUGUUUACAAACACCAGCUACCCACUUGCCAAUUUCAUAGUUCAUCAACAUAUGAUCAUCACUUUCCUCUCUCCGCUCUCAAGAUCCAUCCUGCUAUAACCAUGGCGAUUAUUGCUCUCUACUACUAUUUAACAAUCUAUUUGGCUGGGAUUUUCUGCGUGGAAUCUCAGUACAUAGAUUACAACACCACUGGGAGAAUAGUCGCUGGCAAAGUCAACGUUCAUUUGGUGCCUCACUCUCAUGAUGAUGUUGGAUGGUUGAAGACUGUUGAUCAGUACUAUUUUGGUGGCAACAAUUCGAUUCGGGGAGCCUGUGUGCAGAAUGUAUUGGACUCAGUAAUGUCUGCUUUGUUCGAAGAUAAGAAUCGCAAGUUCAUCUAUGUUGAGAUGGCAUUCUUCCAGAGAUGGUGGAGACAGCAAAGUGAAGCAAUGAAGGCUAAAGUCAAGGAGCUUGUCAACUCUGGUCAAUUAGAAUUCAUAAAUGGGGGCAUGUGUAUGCACGAUGAGGCAACCCCACAUUACAUUGAUUUGAUUGAUCAGACAACUCUAGGCCAUCAAUUUAUCAAAGAUGAAUUUGGUCAGCUUCCUAGAGUUGGUUGGCAGAUUGACCCUUUUGGACAUUCUUCUGUUCAAGCUUAUUUGCUUGGUGCUGAGUUAGGAUUUGAUUCUCUCUUUUUCGCUCGAAUUGAUUACCAAGAUAGAGCAAAGCGAUUAAAGGAGAAGAGCCUUGAGGUUAUCUGGCAGGGUUCUAAGUCCCUGGGUUCAACUUCACAGAUAUUUACUGGUAUAUUUCCUAGGCAUUAUGACCCCCCAGAUGGUUUCACAUUUGAAAUAAAUGAUGUCUCCCCUCCUAUUCAGGAUGAUAUUCUCCUAUUUGACUACAAUGUUCAAGAUAGAGUCAAUGACUUUGUAGCUGCUGCUUUAGCUCAGGCUAAUGUAACCAGGACAAAUCAUGUAAUGUGGCUGAUGGGGACAGAUUUUCGCUAUCAGUAUGCAAAUUCAUGGUUCAGGCAGAUGGACAAGUUCAUUCAUUAUGUUAAUAAGGAUGGUCGUGUAAAUGCUUUAUAUUCAACACCUUCCAUCUAUACUGAUGCAAAAUAUGCAGCAGAUGAACAAUGGCCUCUCAAAACUGAAGAUUUCUUCCCCUAUGCAGAUCAUCCAAAUGCAUAUUGGACAGGUUAUUUUACAAGUCGACCAGCCUUUAAAGGUUAUGUCAGAAUGUUGAGUGGUUAUUAUCUUGCUGCUAGGCAACUUGAAUUCUUUAAAGGCAGGAGUACUGCAGGACCAAACACCAAAAAACUUGCUGAUGCUUUGGCAAUUGCUCAACAUCAUGAUGCAGUUAGUGGUACAGAAAGGCAACAUGUUGCUUCUGAUUAUGCUCUGCGACUAUCAAUUGGCUAUAUAGAGGCUGAGAAGUUGGUUGCUUCUUCUCUGGCUUUCUUGGCAGAGUCAGGAUCAAGCAUUAGACAGGAGAACACUGUCACAAACUUUCAGCAGUGUCCGUUACUUAAUAUAAGUUACUGUCCUCCAUCAGAAGCUAUUUUGUCUGACAAGAAAAGCUUGGUCGUUGUUGUCUACAAUCCUCUAGGAUGGAAGCGAGAGGAAGUGAUACGAAUUCCAGUUUCCUCUGAAAAAGUUGUUGUUCAAGAUUCUAGUGGGAGAGAAAUUGAAUCUCAGCUUCUACCUAUAUCAAAUACAACCUUUAAUAUGAGAAAUAAAUAUGUUAAAGCAUAUCUGGGGAAAUUCCCGCAUGAAACUCCAAGGUAUUGGCUUGCAUUUUCUGCAUCCAUACCUCCCCUUGGUUUCAGCACUUUCAUGGUGUCAGGUGCAAGACAGACAGGGCCUAGUUCAACCAUCUCUCUGGUACACACAUUGGAGGAAGUUACAAACAAGACCAUAGAAGUUGGCCAAGGAAGUUUAAAGCUGCUUUAUUCUUCAGAUGAAGGGAAACUUACUCAUUAUGUCAAUACCAGAAGCCUGGUCACCACUGCUGUUGAACAAUCUUAUGGUUAUUAUUCUGGAAAUGAUGGUACUGAUAAAGAUCCACAGGCAUCUGGAGCUUAUGUUUUCCGUCCAAAUGGUACCUUCCCAAUAAAAUCUGAAAACCAGGUUCCUUUAACUUUUGUAAGGGGUCCACUACUGGAUGAAGUACGCCAGCAAAUCAACCCAUGGAUAUCUCAGAUUACUAGGAUCUACAAGGGGAAGGAACAUGCUGAAGUUGAGUUCACUAUUGGGCCUAUACCUGUGGAUGAUGGGAUUGGAAAAGAAAUUACUACCCAAAUUACAACCACUAUGAAGACCAAUAACACAUUCUAUACAGACUCUAAUGGACGUGACUUUAUUAAACGGAUUCGAGAUUUUAGGACAGACUGGGACCUCGAAGUAAAUCAACCAGUUGCCGGAAAUUAUUAUCCUAUCAAUCUUGGAAUUUAUAUGCAAGAUAACAGCUCGGAGCUCUCAGUGUUGGUGGACUGCUCAGUGGGAGGAUCUAGCUUAGUGGAUGGCCAAAUAGAACUGAUGCUCCAUAGGAGGUUGCUUCAUGAUGAUUCAAGAGGUGUUGGUGAGGUGCUGAAUGAGACAGUUUGUUUCUUAAAUGGGUGUGAGGGUUUAACUAUCCAAGGAAAGUAUUUUGUUAGAAUUGAUCACCUGGGAGAAGGUGCCAAGUGGCGUCGAACAGUUGGUCAAGAGAUAUAUUCCCCAGUUCUCUUAGCCUUCACCGAGCAGGAUGGAAGUAAUUGGAUGAAUUCCCAUAUAUCUACUUUUUCAGGAAUAGAUCCAUCCUACUCUUUACCUGAUAAUGUUGCUGUCAUAACCCUUCAGGAACUUGAAAAUGGAAAGGUGCUACUUCGGUUGGCUCAUCUAUAUGAGAUUGAAGAAGACAAAGACUAUUCUGUGGUUGCAAGUGUGGAAUUGAAAAAGCUGUUUCCAAACAAGAAGAUAAGUAAAGUGACAGAGUUGAGUUUGUCAGCCAACCAAGAAAGAGCUGACAUGGAGAAGAAGAGGUUGGUUUGGAAAGUAGCAGGCUCCACGGAAGAACGUAAGGUGGUGAGGGGAGGACCUGUAGAUCCUGCCAAGUUGGCUGUGGAACUUGCUCCGAUGGAAAUUCGUACCUUCUUGAUAGAUUUCAAUUAUCUUCAAAUGUUUAGUUCUUGAAUUCCUGAGCAAGCACUUCUUGCAGUGCUGAGAUGAAUUAACUGCUAUUUCUAUGGAAAAGUAACAAAUUAAUGAUGAGUUCAGCUGUAGUAAGCAUUGGCUUAAGUUUCAUAGAUAAGCCAUGCAUCACAAUGUAAACAGUUUUCUGAAGCAAAUUACAGCAAACUUGAUCUAUUUCAAUU